ACUGUGGAUGAGAGUCAUGAGAGAAAACUAUUUUACUACUUAGUUACUUCGGAGAGGAACCCAUUGAAGGAUCCAGUUGUUCUGUGGCUUAAUGGUGGACCAGGCUGCUCUAGCUUUGACGGUUUUGUGUAUGAGCAUGGCCCAUUCAAUUUUCAAAAGGCAAAUAAGUCUGGAGCAUUACCCCGACUGCAUCUCAAUCCACACAGCUGGUCCAGGGUGUCAAACAUCAUCUAUUUGGAUUCUCCUGCCGGAGUUGGAUUUUCUUACUCCAAACUUCAGGAUGACUAUAAAACUGGAGACUUUAAGACUGCAUCUGAAUCGCACAACUUUCUCCUAAAGUGGUUUGAGCAAUACCCAGAGUUCCUUUCUAGCCCAUUUUACCUAGCUGGAGAGUCAUUUGCUGGAGUUUAUGUGCCAACUCUUGCUUCUGAAGUUGCAAAAGGAAUUAUAGCUGGCUUAAAGCCCAUUCUCAACUUCAAGGGUUACAUAAUUGGAAAUGGUGUCACGGAUGAAGUAAUUGAUUGCAAUGCUUUUGUACCGUUUGAACAUGGGAUGGGUCUCAUCUCAGAUGAUCUAUAUGAGGAGACCGUGAAAACCUGUAAAGGAAAUCCUUCUUAUGGUGUCUGUGGAGAUUUGCUUCAAAAAAUUGAAGAUGACCUCAGUAGCCUAAACCUAUACGACAUUCUUGAGCCCUGCUACCACAGCCCAUCAGCUGGAAAGAUCGCAGAUGGUAACAUCACGUUACCUUAUAGCUUCAAGCAUUUAGGUGAGACUGAGAGGCCUCUUGCUGUGAGGAAAAGGAUGUUUGGUCGUGCUUGGCCUUUUAGAGCUCCUGUGAGAGAUGGGUUAGUUCUGACAUGGCCACAGAUCCUGAAUCGUUCCAGUGUUCCAUGCUUUGAUGAUAGAGUUGCUACUGAAUGGCUGAACAAUGCAGCAGUUAGGAAAGCAAUUCAUGCUGAACAGGAUAGCGUCAUUGGUGCCUGGGUGCUAUGUAAAGGUCUCACUUAUUAUCUUGAUGCUGGAAGCAUGAUCAAGUAUCACAAGAACCUCACUGCUUUUGGUUAUCGGGCUCUUAUUUACAGGUACACCCAAGGCUAUGCCAAAAACCUCACAUUUCUCACUAUAAAGGGCUCUGGACAUACUGUACCUAAAUACAAGCCAGUAGAGGCAUUGGCCUUUUAUAGCCGUUGGUUGGAAGGACAUUCAAUAUGAACAAAUUUGAAGAAUUGGAUACACAAGAGAGAAGUAUUAUAAAUGUCCUCCCUGUAUUUGUUAUCCUUAUGUUGAGUAUGGAAGAAUGCAUCCUUAUUUAUAAUGAAUAUACAGAUUCGUUUUUUGAUUAAAAUUCAAAGUUGUCUAGGUGUCACACCCUGCC